AUGAGCAACUCUCUCAUCACCAUGCUCCCCCGACCUGCCUUUCAAGGAAGCUCUCGAAAACUCGUUCUGGCCUUUGAUAUCGGGACAACGUUCAGCGGUAUAUCGUUUAGAUUUCCAGCUCAAGAGCAUGUCAGCGGCUCCUCAAAGAUACCCGCAAUCUUGUACUACGAUCAAGCUGGAGAAGUUCGAGCGGUAGGAGCCGAAGCGAUGCACGAGGGUAUUUUUGAAGAGGCAGAGGACGGUGGUUGGAUGAAGGUGGAAUGGUUCAAAUUGCACCUUCGACCGAACUCGCAAUCCACCCUCGACAUCUCUAAGCAACUCCCUCCUCUCCCGCCUGAUAAAACUAUUGUCCAAGUCUUCGCGGACUUUCUCCGAUAUCUGUUCCAGUGUGCUGAGUCCUACAUCCAGCAAACUCAUGCGAAUGGUCAUGUUCUAUGGGCUUCCGUUGAGCACGAUAUCGACUACGUACUUUCUCAUCCGAACGGCUGGGAAGGCUUCCAGCAGGCGCAAAUGCGUAAGGCUGCUGUUCUGGCAGGGUUAAUUCCGGAUGACGCGACUGGUCAUUCGCGAAUAUCAUUUGUGACAGAGGGUGAAGCCAGUCUUCAUUUCUCGAUUGAGAAUGGUUUGCCACCGGAUGUCAUGAAGACCGGGGAAGGCGUAAUUAUCGUUGAUGGAGGAGGCGGAACCAUUGAUGUGAGCGCUUAUGGGCGAGUUCCGAACUCGAUUGAAGACGCAUUUGAGGAGAUAGCUCCUCCCCAAUGCUUCCGAAUUUUUGUCAAAUUCAGAAACAAGACUGAGCCACAGUUCAUCAAAUUUGGCUCUACUCGUGAUAACGAACCGGAAUCAAAUAUCAAAUACGGACAGCUAAAAUUAUCGGGGGUUUUCGUUCUGACACAAUUUAGCUCUGAAGUGGCUGCCUUCUUUGAACCUUCGGUCACAUGCAUACUCAAGGCGGUUAAGGAGCAACAUAGGCUGGCACACCAGCCCGUCAAGCACGUCGUGCUCGUGGGCGGAUUUUCAUCAAAUGACUGGCUUUGCAGUCAGAUCAAGGCCGGCCUAGAAAUCUUUGGGUAUAAGGUCGUCCGUCCUGAUAAUCAUUUAAACAAAGCUGUCGCAGAUGGGGCUAUCUCCUUCUAUUUAGAUCACUGCGUGCAAACGCGAGUCUCCAGAUACACUUACGGUCAUUUUUGCAGCACGACAUAUAACCCUUACGAUCCUGAGCACGUCAAGCGUGAAGGAAAUACUUACAUUUCUCUGGGAGGAAAAAAACGUGUGACGGAUUCCUUCAGCAUCAUCCUACCCAAGAAUGUCCAAGUCUCCGAAACAAAGGAAUUCUAUCGCUCAUACCAUAUAUCUUCCGAUUCGGCGGAGGAAAUGUGCUACAUUUCGACAACUGUCUGGGUGUAUCGUGGUGAGAUCGAAACCCCCAGAUGGCAAGAUGAAGACAAGGAUGCAGGUCGAGAAAUCACUCCAGACAUGUACGACAGGCUUUGUAGGAUCGAGGUGGACCUUCCCCACUUGAAAAACCAAGCUCGAGAUUUUGAGAAACAUGGCCCCGACGGAAAAUACUACGAGCUCUCUUACAGGAUUAUUUUGCUUUUUGGACUUACUGAGCUCAAGGCCCAAGUAUCGUGGAAGGAAAGGUCUCUCCUCAUGUUUGGAGAAGCCCCGCAAAGAUUCUCUAUAAUGGAGAAGACGGACGCGACGCAGCUCUCUUCUGCGAAACAUUUCGAGGUCGAGCGACCUCAUUUCAUGUCUGCGUCGUUUAUUGUUGGAGUCCUACUCAUCGGCUCCUAUGUCAACUUGAUAUUUUACACGUUGGAGCUUUUCCUGUGCCAUCGAUAUCUAUGGAAGUCCGAAAGGGCCAAGAAAGACGCGACUUUCUUGAAGCUUUCUGUGGUUUUCAUUGCUUGCGUUGAUGGUGUUGCCACCUUCGGGGCUUGCACUUUGGUGUAUAUGGUGAGCACUGGAUUUAUGAUUUACCGUUACUGGACUAUCUCUUCAAACCUUUUUGUUACGGUCUUCCUUAUUUUUAUCAUCACCGAAGCCUUGGCGGUCGUUUUCAUCUACGGAAUCUCAGCAGUUGUCAACAAGCUCAAUAGCCGUAUCGCACUAUCCAGCAUUUUUGCCUCAACCGUUGCGGUGACAGCCUGCCUUGUAUGGCACAUUGAGCAUAUUAAAACGCAACACAAGGAAACUAAAAGUCUUCUGAGAAGAGUUAUUCGGAUAGCCAUUGUGACGGGUCUAUUACCUGCCAUCAUCGCGCUUGUGGCGCUCGUUGUUGUCUAUCUCGCUCGGACUACUCUUGGGACGUGUGUACUCUUGCUCGUUGCUUUACAUCCUCCUCACGCGGGAGAAAUCAAGAGGCACAUCGGUUAUCUACACGAGCGACGAGUUACCGCCGUCUCACCUGAGCCCAUUUCUCCUUGCGACAUACAGUUCAAACGAGAUGAGGACCCAGAUAUUAUUCCCCGCGAGCUUACUGGUUUCCGCCCAAAAGGUGGUGUCGCUCAGUGGAUCCUCGUCAAGGGGGAUCACCUGAACUUGAAGGACUUCUUGUUUUGGAGAAGUCAAAAUAUUGACCUCCAGGCUGAGUUGGGCGGAGGGGCUGCUGAGCCUGAGGCCUGA